AUGGCGUGGGACAACAAUGAGUUGCACGAGAAGUUUGAGCCUGUGCUACGGCGCUUGGAGGAUGGCUGCAGCGUCGCAGUUCUCACCAUGCGGGGCUCUUGCUGCCCUGUGACCAAGGCGCACUGCGACAUGUUCGUGCGCGCCCGAAGUGCUCUUCUGGGUGGCGGGGACCUAUGUCCGCCGAAUACGCCGCCUUUCUCUGAGUGCUUGGGGCUCCUGGCCCUGAACCCAGACAGGUCCAUCCAGCGCAAAUUUCAGAGGCGGAAAGAAGAUGUCAAGCCGAUACGCUGGGUGGACCGCGCUCGACUCAUACGGCUUGCGACGGCCAAGGUCCCCUGGAUGGCCCUCAACAACUUGGAGGCAGCAGAAGCCUUGCGAGAGCUGCAGCAGGAUGGUCGAUGGCAGCACCUCACCUUCGUGCACUUCCACUUAAACGGGGCAGACGACGUUGCCAGGUAUGAGAAGUGGAGGUAUGCUUCCGAGACUCACCGGUACAUCACGAUCGGCAGGCCUGGCUACACCGAGGCGGUCAUCCGAGGCGCUCGAGAUUGGGGAGUGUGGGACAAGCCCCAUUUUUUUGCAGCUUGGGCCGGCUUGGUGUGUUGUUUUUCUGCCCUGGGUCUAGUGCAGGGUGUCAGACCGAAAGAGGCAAUACACACAUUUACUUCUUGCCCAGUCUGA